AUGGCGCUGGCCGACAACGUCCCCACUGGCCACGUAUGUGACGGUGGAAGUGGCGGCACAGCGUACGGCCUGAUCAUGACACCAACAACCUCGCAAGCCCGUUUGACGAACGACCCCACGAGCGACAGAAACCACCGACGCGCGGGGAUGACGUCACUCGUUGGUGAGCUGUUUUUCAACCGCGAAAAGCCCAAGUAUUGUGGCAGGCCGCUAGAAAUGGUCCUGACGGCCAACCUCCAGCACUUCAACCUGGACGCCCACCACAACCAAAGCACGCUGUUCUUCGUGCUAUCCAUGUUUGCUUCGUUCGGUCACCAUUACGCGAGGAUGCCAGCGAGCGAGCGCACGACGUAG